GUUCAUUAUCACAUCUUGGCAACGGCGUUGCGACCUCGAUCCAGGCACGCAGUGCCUUGUGAUGCACUGUAACCUCGUAAAUGUAGUCUGACCAGGGGCUUUUCGUGAUUUUCGCGCAGACUGAGUCCGAAAACGAGCGUUAUCUUCCUCGGAUCUUGAGAUCAACACCGGGCUGGAAUGACCACCGCCCCGCGUAUCUAAAGGUAUGAGAUGUAUUCGUAGAGAUAAAGAGCAGUCUGCCCUUAUAUCAAGGCAAGGAGAGCACGAGCUAGAAGGGCGCGACACAAAUGAGAGCACCGAGCUUUUGUCCUUUCCUGAACGCCUGUUCGCGCAGCGUCUAGACCACAAUGCGGCUGUUCGCUUUCGCCCUUGCACUCCCGCUUGUCAAAGCAGGGAGUGAUUCCGCGUUGAAGAGUCGCGAGAAUGUCGACUUCAGAGGCAACAAUCGGCCUAUCUCAAAGAGCUUUAUUGUAGAGUUCGCACCGGGCUCAACUCAACGCCGAGACGGGCUCGCAUCGACUGAGGGUGUCAAAGUGGUAAAGACCUUCGACAACAAGGUGUUUAACGGCGCAAGUGUCGAGACGGAGAGUCACACUCUCGACUCUUUGUUGAGUCUUCCUGAUGUCGUGAACGUUUGGCCAAACGUGGCAGUCAAGCUCGACCCUGUGGAAAGCAAACGUUUGGUUCAGGGCGAGGAUGUAGCAUACACGACGCACAAUGCUACCGGUGUCUCCAAAUUACACGCACAAGGUAUCUUUGGAAAGGGAGCCAAGGUUGGCGUUGUCGAUACUGGUAUUUGGUACAAACACCCUGACCUUGGCAAUGGGUUCGGACCAGGGUCCAAAGUUGAGAGAGGCUACGAUUUCGCUGGUGACGGAUUAUGGCCCUAUGAGGGCGAGAAGCAACCUGAUGAGGACCCCCUCGAUCAACAGGGCCACGGGUCUCAUGUUGCAGGAAUAGUUGCAGCCAAAGGUGUUGGAUGGUCCGGAGUUGCACCCGAGGCAACGCUUUACGCCUAUAAAAUCUUUUCGCAAUACGGCUUCACAGACACCGCAACAAUUCUUGAAGCAUUCUUCCGCGCCUAUGAUGACGGAGUGGAUAUUAUCACAGCUAGCGUCGGCUCGAACAUUGGCUGGGCUACAGAGGCCUGGUCGGUCAUUGCAUCUCGAUUCGUCGACGAAGGCAUUGUCACCGUCGUUGCGUCCGGCAACGUGGGCACAGUCGGACCGUUCCUGAGCAGCACAGGUGCCACUGGCAAGAAUGUGCUUGCCGUAGCUUCAGUUGAUUCCCAAACUUUCCCUGCCUUCCCAUUCGACGCCACAUUCUCCGGAGUCGAUGGCGGUAGCGAAGAGACGUUCAGAUUCGGAUUCAUCCCUCCCAUUAGCUACGACCCUUUCCCAGCGACAGUCGUGGACGUGCCCAUUGUCCCAUUCUCUCUAGACGCCAACGCCACAACUGACGCGUGCGAACCGCUUGAACCUGGAUCUCUGGACUUUACUGGCAAAAUUGUGCUUGUCAGACGUGGUACCGCCGUGUCCUGCGACAUCCACACGCAGCAAGAGAAUCUAGCUCUUGUCGGUGGCACACUUGUUCUAGUUUACAACGACGACCGCCCGCUCAGCUACCCCGUUAUCGGGAACACAAACAGCACCGUUGGGUUCAUAACCAGUUUUGCAGGAAAGCAGAUCGUCGACGCAAUCAAGGCUGGUCGCAACGUCACCGCAGACUUCUCUGUCAACCACGGACUUCCGGUAGCGCUGACGUACUCCCUCGGCGGUGAUCCGAAUUAUUUCACCAACAUCGGACCGGUGUACGAUCUUCAGAUCAAGCCCGACAUCGCUGCACCGGGAGGCAAGAUCUACAGUACAUGGAUCGACGACUCCUACACUAUUCAGAGCGGCACUUCUAUGGCUGCACCGUACAUCGCCGGUGUUGCUGCGUUGUACGUCUCCGUCUACGGCGGGCGCAACACGCACCCGAGCGGAAGUGCCUGGGCAAAAGACCUCGGCAAGCGUAUUAUUUCCAGCGGUAUCAGUGUUCCUUGGGCUGACGGUUUGACGGAGACCGACUACGGUCACUCUGCUAGUGUAGCUCAAGUCGGAAAUGGCUUGGUCGAUGCUUACAAAGUGCUCCAGUAUAAGACCGUGAUCGAUUACGAGAAGAUCGCCCUGAACGACACGCGCUAUUUCAAUCGUUACCACGAGAUUUCCGUCACCAAUAACGACGAAGAGGCCGUGACCUACAAGUUUUCCGCAGAGAGCAUCGUCUCGGCUGACAUCCUUGGCUGGUACGCAGCUGACCAGGUUAUUGCUAACCCUGCCCCUGGAACCAAGAGGGUCAAGGAGUUCUUUGACAUGAUCCCCGAGACGCGCGCGCCAGAGAUCAGCUUUCCUGCAGAUUUUACUUUGCAAUCUGGAGAAAGCAAGACAGUUUCAGUGAACUUCAAGAACCCAGACACCCUUGGCUGGAAUGCGUCUGGACUGCCCCUGUACAGCGGUCGUGUCCUUAUCUCUGGCAGCAAUGGAGAAUUCCUCUCUGUUCCAUAUCUUGGUCUUGGUGGUGACCUUCGCAAGGAGGUGACGCCAUUGGAGGAAACCAACUACGCUUUCAUGAUAUCAACGACUUCGAACACCCCAGUCGCUAGCAAGCCAUACUUCACUUUCAACCUUAGCCUGGCUGCUCAAGAUUUCCCAAGAGUCAUCAGCAAACCGAUUUAUGGCAUCAAGGAGACUCGCUGGGAUGUCUUCGAGGCGGGAUGGACGGAGCGACAGUGGAAGUAUCCCCCAGUACCCGGAGAGAAUGGCCACAUCGGUACUAUCGCCUCCUGGGUCGGGUCCGGCAGGGUAGAGGCCAUUGACACCAGCAUCUACGACCCGAACGAGACAUUUACGUAUCCAAUCAUGGAUCGCAACCGCAACGGUGCUUACGAACAGGAUGAGCACUGGUGGUUCGGGAAACUCAGCAACGGAAGCCAAAUCGCUGCUGGCAACUACACGCUUCGAUUUGCGCUGUUAAAGCCGUUUGGCGACCCAUCGCACGCGGAUAAUUGGGAAGUGCUCCAAACACCGCAAAUCUCCGUACUGUAAACUGGCAUAUUGCUAGCAGUGUAGGAUAUACUGCACUACCUCUCACAAGGCCCCAAUGACACCUCGUAGUACGCUUGCAUUUACCAUGCCAAAGGCGCAUAGCUCUUCCUUUUCCGCUUGAAUGCCGCCACCAUGAGGUCGAUGCGCGCCCUGUGAAAGGUUGGUGACGAACCUCGAUGUGAAGGAUGAUAACACUAGGAAAGUGUAAUACUGGCUACGCCACUGGAGGUGGGAGACUUCACUCCCUUGCGAAUGAUCUUUAUGUUAGCGAAUGAUUUUUUGUUUUCCCUUCUUUUUACACGUACCGCUGAGUCAUGACAUCUUCAAUUGACAUUUUUAAGCGGAGGAAUUUCUCACAUUGCCGCAUAG